UUCUAAUUUCUAUCGUCCGGCAUAAAUCGGACAUAGGAAAACGAAUUGUCUUUAAGUAUGUUCAGUUAUAGGCCAAGAAUAUUUACGAAACGUUAUUUGUAUUACAGAUAAGUUCGCUAUUACUAUCUGUGAAGGUAAUUACUGGAGUGCCAGUAACUGCUAAUGGUACCUCUACCUCCGACGUAAACAAUGCGUCUAUUACUACGACAAUAAGUACAAUAUCAACAAACACUGCUCCUACAGCACAAGUAAUUACCGAUGUAACCCCGAAAAAAAGUUGUAAAACAAGAAGCCAGAGGCCUACAAUAAAACUGGAAAAUUGUGUGGAAAUUGGAGAUAGAAUCGUUUGUUACGAUUUCUAACCUUAAUUUUGAACAUAGAAAACGUUAAAUUAAUGGAAACAACGGGACUCAUAACUAUUUACGAGAAACAUUCGAAUAUAAUAAAAUAUUUAUCAGGUUACUGCUGUUAAUUCAAAUACUUUUAAUUAUAAGUGGAGGAAAAUGUGCGCCUAAACUUGGAGGUAUACUUUUUGAACAGUUAUUUCUUGAAACUUUUAUGGACGACGAAAAUAAUACUAAUGCUAACUACAAACGGGAAUUCACAGCACGAGUACCAGUUUAUCAAACAAACAUUAAAAAUAGUACAUCGCUGUACGCCAAAUUAACUGGUAAUUCAAUAAUUAACUCAGAAAUUUCAAGAUUAAGACUAAAACAUAAAGAAUUAAGACGUCUCGAAAAUAAUGUAAAUUCAAUUUCCAAUAAUUCUGAUUUAAAUAAUUCUACUGGAAUCACAAAAAAUAAUCUUACCACAAGUUUUCCGUCAACAUUUACGUCUACGGUACCAUUAACUACUGUCAAAAUAAACACAACUUAUCAUUCAUCUAAACUAGAAAAGCCUAAUGAUGGUCAAACUGUAAAGCAUGUGGAAAAAGGAAAGAUAAAAUGGGAUGUAAACAAAUCAACAGAGAAAUAUAAUGAAAGCCAGAAAAGUUCUGACAUGACGAAAAGUCGUCGAGACGGCGCAAUGCUACAAUCCAAUGGCUAUGCUUUUAAUGGAAAUAAUUGUCAAAUGAGGGGCGAUCGAGUUCUAUGUGGCUAUAACAAUCAGGAAUUGGAAACUACAGAACCCGAAUCUGCAGACAAGGAUUGCAUUCCCCGCGGAGACAGGAUUGAAUGUGGCUAUGUCAAUCGCAGGACUGAUAAAAGACGCAAUAAUAAAGCCGUAGAAACUGGACAUGAAAUUAAAAACAUGACUGACAAUCUAACCACAAGAACUACUGUUGGUUCCUAUACAAAUACUACCAUUAAAGCAACGCACGCACUUCCUCUAAUCAACAUUACUGAAACGACUAAUCCCACUUCUACUGGUAACAUUGAAGAUCAGCCAGAAUUAUCCAAAUACGAAACACAGGAAUUAUUAGAAGAUGUUGAAAAAAGUAUUGCUUCUGUUCUAACAAAUGCAAAGACUAGCACUACCACUACUUCUACAGCGACUACAACUUCUAUUGCCAAUUAUUCCACGACUAUAUCAAAUAUGUCUACAUCUACCAUCAUUAUAAAAGAACAACCAACAUUUUCCAAUUUAAAAAUUAUGGAAUUGAUUGACCGUGUCGAAAAAAUACUUGCCUCAGCUGAUACUAUUGCGACUUUUAAUCUUUCUUAUCCUAUCGCAGCCAGUAAUACAUCUUCGAAAUCCCUAUCCAAGCUAAAAGAAGAACCUGCUGAAAUUCUCAAUUUGACAAUCCGAACAUCUAACGAUAACUCUGUCUCUUUAGCCAGUACUGUCACUCUAGCUAAUUUUACUGUUAAUAGUACUUCGAUUACUUUAUCUACGUCUACUACUAGUACUACGACUACUACUACCACGACUACAACUCCUGUCCCAUAUAUCGACGAUGGGGAAUAUUGCGUCGAGAAAGAUGGUCGGAUUGUGUGUUAUGACAGCCCACAAGAAGAUUACGAUGACUUUUUAGAAAAAUAAGCUAUAGUUUAUAUGGGUGCUUAAGCGCAAAACUUUAGACUGUACCUACUGAAGUUUUGUGCUUAAACGUCUGAUCGUGAUCUGUGAUCGCACAUACGCAUGAAGUGUAUUUUAUACUGGGCUUUAAAAAUAUAUUCAUUUCAAAUAUAUAUAUUGUAUUGUUUAAGAUGUUUUAUGUUUGAUAAAAAAAACAGUUAGAUGACCUUUUGGCUACCAAGGCGAUAAUGACAUGACGUUUGAUAAUUAUAUGUUCCGAUUUUUUAAGUAAGGAGUCUAAAAUAUAAGGUUUGUUUAUAAGAUAGAUGAGGUAUAUAAGGCCCAGCAGCUAGAAAGCCCAGCAUUAAAAAAUAGCUGUUGCACUGGUAUUAUUUGUUCAACGCAUCACGCACACAUUGAAGUCGCAGAUAUAACGAGCUGGCAACAACGCUUGACUUCGCACGCGCCGCUAUUUUGUCAGUAGCAUCCAUACAGUCAGAAAGGUAGGUAGUGGCUGCGCUUGAUGUUUAUUUUUUAUGGAAACUAAGUUUGUUUUUAUCAAGUUUCUUGAAGUUAUCU